AAAGGACGGCUUAUUCAUGUCUCUCACGGAGAUUGCUCUACGCCUCCUAACCUCACCUCCUCGCAUCUCCAUCUCUCUCCUCCUUAAACCAGCCCCUCUCUCCUCCUCUGCCGUCAUUGAUCUUGUAGCGUCUAUGGAAACGGUGUCGCGACGGUGGCAUUGUGGGCGAUAGAUGUCGGUGCUUGUGGCUCUGUAAUUCCAAGAUUAGGGUUUCUAUUUUGGUUUAUUCGGGUAUCAUCAGACAAGCAAAUGGUUGCCAAAUUAAUGAAUGCGAUUCGGUAUUCUCGCUAUGGCGGUGGAACUACUGCUUUAAAGCGUGUUAAGAUUGAUGUUCCUGAUCCAAAGGCCGAUGAGGUUUUGCUAAAGGUUGAGGUUGUAUCUUUAAACGCAUUUGAUUGGAAGAUACAAAAGGGCGUAUCUCGUCCCAUAUUACCCAGAAAGUUCCCUUAUGUACCAGUACUUUUCAGAUUGUCAGUUUCCAAGUUAUGACAAGGAGCAGAUUGACGAAGUAAGAACUGAGUGGGUGCGCCAUGUUGUUCAACAAUUGUAUAAUCGCUAGGUUACGUUGAAUGAACCAACAAACAUACAACUUUAUUAAUUAAUGUAUUUUGCGUAGUUUAAUGUUUAGAAUUUUACUUGUGAUCUAUGUAAUCGGUUUUAUUAGGGUCCUAUUGCAAAAAUUCUUUCCAUUGAGGUUUGGAAAUUAAUAUUCAACUAUUCACUACUCUUCAA